CCCGCGGGAGGAGACCCAAACCCAAAGCAUCUCCUUUUCCCGCCAAAAUAACCUAUUUGACUGUACAUCCGCUCUCUUUUCCUUCAAAUUCAGUACGUCUCCCUCUCUAAAUCACUCCAAGCCUCUGCAAUUCUUCCAUCUUUCGCUUUUUGGAUCAACGCCGAAGCGAUGGCGAAGACGGUGACGCCCGGAGCAAUCGCGAUGCUACUUUCCAACCCUUCUCCAGAUUCCACCUCAGAGAUUGCGGAGAUCAUCGUGCAAGUCGUCGAUCUGAAGCCUAUUGGUAGCAGCACCACCCGCUUCACCUUCAUGGCUAGCGAUGGCAAGAUGAAGAUCAAGGCCAUGCUACCUACCCAUCUUUCCUCUGAAGUCAAUUCUGGAAAACUUCAGAAUCUUGGCCUCAUUCGCAUUCUGGAUUACACAUGCAAUACCAUCCCCAACCAAACUGAUAAGGCUUUGAUUGUGACAAAAUGUGAAGUUGUUUCUCCUGCACUUGACUGCGAGAUCAAAUCUGAAGCAGAGGAGACAGCAACACUGUUAAAGCCUAAAGAGGAAUCAGUGCCAAAAUCUGCUGCACAAAUUGUUUAUGAGCAGCGUAUUAAUGCUGCUCCGGCUGCUCGAUUGUCAAUGACUAGAAGGGUUCAUCCUCUUUGUUCCUUGAAUCCUUAUCAAGGCAACUGGACCAUAAAAGUAAGAGUAACGAAUAAAGGCAAUCUACGAACAUAUAAGAAUGCCAAAGGCGAAGGUCAAGUCUUUAAUGUAGAACUGACAGAUGAAGAUGGUACCCAAAUCCAGGCUACAAUGUUUAAUGAAGCUGCAAAGAAGUUCUACCCAAAGUUUGAGCUUGGCAAAGUAUACUACAUUUCGAAAGGAACUCUGAGGCUAGCAAACAGGCAGUUUAAAACGGUUCAAAAUGAUUAUGAGAUGAACUUAAAUGAAAAUUCUAUAGUUGAAGAGGCACAAGGAGAGGGAGCUUUUAUUCCAGAAACCAAAUAUAACUUUGUGAAGAUUGACCAAGUAGGAUCUUAUGUUAAUGGCAGGGAGGUUAUAGAUGUUAUCGGUGUGGUUCAGAAUGUUUCUCCAACUGUAAGUGUUCGAAGGAAAAUCAAUAAUGAAACGAUUCCUAAGCGGGACAUAACUAUUGCAGAUGACUCAAACAUGACAGUUGUUGUGUCUUUAUGGAACGAUCUUGCUACUACUCUUGGUCAGGAAUUACUGGAAUUAGUUGACACGGCACCCGUUGUAGCUAUUAAAGCACUCAAAGUUGGAGACUUUCAAGGUGUUUCUUUGUCAACGCUGAGCAAAAGCACCCUGCAAAUUAAUCCAGAUUUGCCCGAGACAAAAGUGCUUAGAUCUUGGUAUGAUUCCAAAGGCAAAGAUGUAACAAUGGCACCAAUAGCCUCCACUUUGAGUUCCAUCUCAACGAAAACUGGACAGAGAUCUAUGUACUCCGAUAGAGUUUACUUAUCUCACAUCACUAAUGAUCAAACAUUGGGCCAGGAGAAGCCCGUCUUCUUUAGCAUAAAGGCUUAUGUCAGCUUGAUCAGGCCAGAUCAGGCUAUGUGGUAUCGUGCUUGCAAGGCCUGCAACAAGAAGGUUACAGAAGCUGUUGGAUCUGGAUAUUGGUGUGAAGCAUGUCAGAAGAAUGACGACCAAUGCUCUUUAAGAUAUAUAAUGGUGAUGAAGGUUUCAGAUUCAUCUGGUGAAGCUUGGGUUUCUGUUUUCAAUGAGCAUGCAGAGAAAAUCAUUGGAUGCUCUGCUGAUGAACUUUACAGGAUAAAGUCUGAGGAGGGAGAGGAGAAAUUUCAGCUCAAGCUAAAAGAAGCAACAUGGAUUCCUCAUCUUUUCAGGGUAAGCGUCUCAUUAUCGGAGUAUAUGAAUGAGAGGAGGCAAAGGAUAACCGUGAGAGCUCAAGCACCUAUUGAUUGCUCCGCUGAAAUGAGAUAUAUGCUGGAAGAAAUCUCAAAGAUUUCAAUCUCUUAACUUUUUAUGCUGAAGCCAUCAAAUUAACAUAAUACUAUCGCUCUUUGAUGGAAAAUUGCUAUUUAGCCGUUUUGGUUUAACUUAAUUAUGAACUCUAUUACCAUUUAUUGUAAUAUAUUUUCUGGAGAA